GAGGAAGAGAGGAAAGGAGGAAAGAAGAAAGGAAGGCAGGACAGCAAAGCACUAAGAGAUAGAGACAGAGAACAAGAGUCCACCUCUGAGACCAGGUGCUCAAAGGGUGCCGUGCCAUGCAGUGGUUCUGGGUUCUGGGCUCCCUUCUGGCCCUUGGGUCCUUCAGUGCUGGGAAAGACCAGAAGAGAGGCCGGCGAGAUGCCCAGGCAGAAGAACAAGUGAGAGAGUCCCUUAUGCUUAAGCACCUCCAAGAGGCCCUGGAGUUGUCCCCUUUCCAAGGGCCAGAGACACCCGCUGGAACUACUGAGGCGGAGGGUGCCCAGGGAGAGGAAGAUGAGGAGGAACCCAUAGCGACUCCCACUCCCGGCCUCACGCCAUCCCCGACACCUGAGGAUGCCAUUUCCUAUGUCUUGGGCCGCCUGACGGGGCUGGACUCUGGGUUGCAUCAGCUGCAUGUCAGACUCUACACUCUGGAUGCCAGGGUGGCAGAAUUGUCUCGGGGGCUGCAGCUACUGCGGAAAGAGGCCAGAGACACUCGGGAAGCCCUGGAGGCCCUGGAGGAAGGCCAGAAGCAGGGGCAGCGAGAUCGAGGGCGCCUGGAGGGUUGCUUGAAAGGCCUCCGCCUGGGCCACAAGUGUUUCCUCCUAUUCCGGGAUUUCCAGGCCCAGAGUGCAGCCCAUGCCCACUGUGGGGCCCGUGGGGGCAGCCUGGCCAUGCCUGCUGACCGGGCUCAGAUGGAGGGCCUGACUCGAUACCUUAAGGCUGCCCUGGCCCCCUACAACUGGCCCGUGUGGCUGGGCAUUCACGACCGGAGAGCAGAGGGCCUCUACCUCUUUGAGAACAGCCAACGGGUCUCCUUCUUCGCCUGGCAUCGAGCCCCGCUCAUGGGUGGCCCAGGGGCUCCUACUCCUCAUGGUCCAGGCCACCCUGCCCUGGGGCCUGACCAACCCAAUGGGCGAGAGCAAGAGAAUUGUGUGGCCCAGGCCUCGGAUGAUGGCUCGUGGUGGGACCAUGACUGCGAGAGACGGUUCUAUUAUGUCUGUGAAUUCCCCCAGUAGGGGUACAGACUCCCACCGUCUGGUGUUCUCCCCUACCCCUCCUCCUCCCAGGAUCUCUUUCCUCUCUAGUACUCCCCUAAUGCCUUCCUUGAGGACCCCUCCCACUCCUGAAGUAGCCUUUCCUUCACCACUCCCCGCCUUCUCCUUGAGCACCCCAAGGCUGCCCUAGGCCUCUGUAAGCCUCCUCGCCCUCUUUGGGGAACGCUUCCCCUUCCUUUUAAAGGGGAGCUCCAGAAUUCAUCCUUCAACACCUAGCUCAAGCCCACCUGGGCCUUCUCCCCACUGGGGCCCUCCCUUGGAGCCCCCAGGCAGAAGCGCUCUGCUCUUCAUAGCUUAGAGUGGGGCCUCCAGGGCCUCCCCUCCAGGGCACGGAUCUCCUUCCUCCCCAACCUGGUGCCUGAAGCAGGGCAGGACCCACAAAGGCAGCCAGGAAGCACCACCUGAGCCCCAACAACGGGGCAAGCUGACUUGGGAGCUAGUGAGCUCCCUGUGUCUGGAGGUCUGAAAGCAGAGACGGGAGAAGGCCCCGAGAUGAUUCACAUUCAGCUGUUGAAUGGCGGAGAUGACCCGAUGAGGGCCCAGCUGAGAGGCCUUGGGAGCUUAUCACUGGAGAAUGAGCAAGAGCUUUUCAUCAGCCAUCCAUCCCCCCCAAGAGCUGAAUAGUGGGGAUGUCUCUGCGGGGGCCGGAGGGCACCUUCUCAGAGGCUUCCCAGGAAGGACUGGCUCCUUCCUCGCCCUGCCCCGGCCCUCCAGUCCCUUUCUCUGCUCUCCCCCCUGGGAUGGGCUUGGAGAAGGCGGGAAUGAGUGAGGAAAAUGCUGAAGGCUUGACAAAAGCAUGUGUAGCCAAGGCCAGAAAGGUACGGCUGUGAUCACAGGACGAAGGUGACCGGAAAACCCAGCAGGUGGAAAGGGCGACCUUCCCCAAAUCCUUUCCUUCCCUCCUUUGUGAAAUAAAAUCUGGAAAGAGGUGG